CAUUAUCUACGUUAUCUCAUUUAUAAAAUAUAUCAUCUCUCGAUGAAUAGGGUCAAUCGAUUAGAAUUAUCGAAUAACAAUGUCGACUUCAUACUCGACCUAAAUCUUUCUUAAGGGCAUAUUGAACGAAUCACGAAACAGUAACGAUUCCUUCGACAAAUCAGAACUAUGGAAGAAGCAUCGGUAUAGAUCUCAAUUCCAAUGGCGCGUGCCGCGCGCACGUGCCACCGGUUACACUGCUCUGAAAUCCAACCAAUUAGGACGGGAAUUAGGUACAAGGGGUGGGGAUAAGGUCCGACGCCAAGCAGUCUCGUCACAUCGAUUCUAGAUCAUUGUCCUCUGUGUUUAACUCUGUUGUCAUAUAUGUAUAUAUAUACAUAUAUAUAUAUAUAUAUAUAUGUAUAUGUAAAUAUGUGUUUAAGAAAGAAAAAAAAUAUAUAUAUAUACAAGAGGAAAACGUUUAUCGAAAAGUUAUUAAAGAUAUUGAGACUUAUUUCUUUUGAGGGGGAUUUAACGAUCUGACUAGAAUCGUGCCAAUAUCUAUACGAUGCAAUUCACGAUUUCCCAUGUGGUCCCUUAGGAUCAUUCGACACGACUGCCACGGUUUAUAGUGCGAUGCACACUGUGCGGAGAUGCAUCGUGCAGUAUAUCCUUCGAUAUAACAGGGCUGGUCAAAGUAUUUUCAUCGCCAUGGAUUAAUAAGUUUUUUCUUUUACUUUUUUUUUUUUUUUUCUUUUUCCUUAUCUUCAUUACUCCAUCCCAUUUAAUAAUAUUAUUAUAAAUUUGUUACCCGUAUGAUUCAUAAAUAAUAAUUGAACGACAGCUAUAUUUUUACUUCAAUUUAAAUGAGGAACACAUGACGUCCCUGAUUUUACCAUGACGCGUGCAACACGACGGUCACGAACAAACCACCCGAAGUCUGUUUAUUGCUAUCGAGAAAGCGAUUGAGAAUGAUGACGAUUCGACAUUAAUAAUCGUUAAAGACCCUUCGUUCUUCUUAACAAUCUUAAUAGAAAAAAAAAAGAAGCAGACAGUGUAAUAGUGUGACAAGGAAAGGAAGAAGAAGAAAAUCGUUCGGAAUGUUCAACUCGAAGAUCAUUUGAAAAGGAAAGAAGAAUUAAGAAACAAACGAGAAAAAAAAGAGGAGAACAUUAGCUAAGAUUGUUUCGUCCUGAACGUAUUAGAACGAAAACAGAAUUGUUACGUUCUUUUUCUCGAGAGACUCGCGGUACCAAGCGAGAUUGGAAUGACGGUCGCGGGAAAGAGAUACGUCGAUUGCACGGUGUUAGGUGGUGGUAGCAAUGGUGGAGACGCUGAAGAUUCUUCAUAUGAUAGUGAUUACGAAGCUGAAGAUUCAACGAGCGUUCAUCCGCCAUUGGAAUCACGGCUCUCGUCUUCCACGCAUUCGGACGUGUCCCGUACUGCUUCGGAUACCUUGGCAGCGGAAUUUGCUGAGUAUGUUACCGUUCAGGGACAGACCCCAACGCAAAGUCCAGGAUAUACGGCCAGAGUUGAAUUCGCAUUGAAGCUUGGAUAUACCGAACGUUUGGUACAAGCAGCUCUUCAAAAAUUAGGACCGGAUCCUGGUCAAAAUGAGUUAUUGGCCGAAUUGAUAAAGCUCGGUGCAAGUUGUUCGCCAAAAUUAAGCGAAAGCCCGGAAGAAUGCGAUACUAUUUUAGAUGGCGAGACCAGUACAGAAGAACUUGGUAGAUCGAAUCUAACAACAACGACUGUUACAUGUUUGAGGCCUGUUGUAAUCGACGGUAGUAACGUCGCUAUGAGCCAUGGAAAUAAAGAAGUAUUUUCAUGUCGUGGUAUUAAGAUCUGCGUUGAUUGGUUCAAAGCUAGAGGACAUCGAGAGAUCACUGUUUUUGUACCAAAGUGGCGUAAGGAAGCAUCUAGGCCUGAUAAUCCAAUAGCCGAUCAAGAAAUUCUAGGUGAACUCGAGAGAGAUCGAUUACUCGUUUUCACUCCAUCCAGACUAGUCGGAGGUAAACGUAUGGUCUGUUACGACGAUCGUUAUAUUCUGAGGUUGGCCGCUGAAGUCGAUGGUAUCGUUGUUAGUAACGAUAAUUACAGAGAUUUGGCACAAGAAAAUCCAGAAUUUCGAAGAGUCGUCGAAGAGAGAAUUUUGAUGUACAGUUUUGUAAACGAUCGAUUUAUGCCACCUGAUGAUCCGCUUGGUAGAAGUGGACCUACUUUAGAAAAUUUCUUAAGAAUUGGGCCGAAAAAAACUGAUCCAGCACCGCCAUGUCCAUAUGCGAAGAAAUGUACGUAUGGAAACAAAUGCAAAUUUCGUCAUCCAGAAAGAGGCCCGCAUCCUCAUAAAUCUGUAACAGAACGUUUGGUGGAACAUGCCCAACGACAUCUUCAAGCUAGAGGUCCGAGUUUAAGUUUACCCUUAAAUUCUACAACAGCGGCGACUACUACGAAUGUUACCGUGCAACAACAUCAACCACUUUGUAAAGCAAGAUCAGCUGCUAUAUCAUCUAAUGUCUCUCAAUCGUUAGCAUCCGUCCCUAAAAGUAGAUCCGUUGAAAAUGUCACUACGGAUUUGUCAACGACUAGUCCAAUCGUAUACGCGCAACAGAUUUCUGCUGUACAAAAUAUGCAAGGAUACGUAUCUCCUCCAGGUAAUUGGCCAACACCUAGAGUUAAUAGCUCGGAUACAGAGCCAGUGAAUAUGCAUAGAAAAUUACAACGGCAAUUAACCUUAAAUCCGGCAUGCGAUCCACGUAUUUAUCAAUUGAGAAGAUAUCAACAGCACACGGCGCAAUCUUCGACGCAACAGCAACAACAACAACAGCAACAACAACAACAACAGCAAAAACAACAGCAACAUUCACAGCAAUCUAUAAUUGGUGGUCAUCCAACGAUCCAACAGCAUAGGCCACUUACAAGACAUGCCAGUAAUGAGUCUCCUUAUUCAGUACCUAUAAGUUGGGAUCAUCCUGAAGGACUUCAUCAACAUGUAACACGUAUUGCUUCGGCACCAGAUUCUUAUCGAGCUUGGCCUCCUCGUAGUACGAAUCUAAUUGCACCUUCACGAGUAUCUAGAUUAGGCACAUCUGAUCCACAAUUAAAUUUGUUGCCCUCACCGUCAUCAGCCGCAACAAAUUUACACGGAGCUACUUGGAAUACACAAACCCAAGAUGCACGACGUCGUUUGCAUUAUCAUCUUGCUAAUAUCUUCCCCGAGGAACAGGUACAAGCAGCGAUGGCAAUGAAUCCUCAUGAAACUGAUCCUCAACAAAUAUGUGCCACGAUUUUAGCAAUGUUUCCCAAAAAUUAGUAUGAGCUAAAACUUCGCCAAUUCUCCGACUAAACCAAACAGUAAAUGGAUGUGAUUGAUUUCACUAUAAGUAAAACUUCGAUGUAAACACAGAUUUAGUCUGUAAAGGACAUUUCUUCUUGAUUCAUCGGAUCAUAUGUAGAUCAUAAAGUGGGAUAAUACUUUUAGAAGAAAGUUUUUAUAAUAGGAUGAAAGAUCAUAAUGAUCAAAUCAUAAAAGUGAUUUUACAUUUAUUAGUAAACGCGCAUUAAAUGUAAAAGAGUAUAAAACAAAACAAAAAAAAGGAUCAUAUGGAAAGCUUUUUAAAAUAAUUACACAUCAUUUUGGACAUGCUCUCCAUGAGAGUAGAGAAAUGGGAACAUAAGGAUUUUUAUAGAAGUUUUUCAUACGUUUGAUUUUAAUUUUGAUGUAUCAGCGAAUUGUCAUUUUUCUCUUCUUCCUAAGUAACAGACAAUACAUUAAAAAUCAAUUUAUUUAUCUAUAGCGUUAAAAGUUAUAUAAACAUUCAUUUAUAUGUUAUAGAUCGAUAUACAUAUAUGCACAGUGUUGUUAUGUUUGAGAUCUAUUCCCAAAUCUCUCCGCUCAGUUAAAAAUAUUUUUAUGCAUGAAAGAUUGAAAUCAUUUAUCAAUGGAUUUAUUUCAAUUAUACAUAUUCGCAAUUAAGCGUUAUGUUAUACAUUGAGAUAAUAUAUGUAUAUUCCUUGUGUACAUCUUUUCGCAAUAAGAUUUACAUUUUCUUCCAGCUAUUCAAUAUUGACUAGUGUUUUUUGGGGUAGAGAAUGUAUCUUAACAUUAAAUAAUUUUAAUUAACAAAAGUUAAAACGUGAUAAGAUUCUGUUAUAAAAUCUAUCUAUUUGUCAUUAUAUUAAGAAGAGCAAGACAUUUUAUGAUAUAAAGAAAGAUAUCUUUUCUAUGAUUAUUUAAUGAAAAAGUAAGAUGUUAAUAUAUGUGUAGCAUAUAUAAAUACACGAGAUGAAGUGUCUAUCUAUGUUAGCCAAAAUCUUUUCUAAGAAAUUAAAAGAAAAGUAUAGGUAUAUAGUAAAAAUGGAUGCUUCACAGUGUAUAUAUAUGUGUGUAUGUGUAUGGAAUAAAAUAUCGCAAUACCAUGUAUUGUUUAAUACAUAAUUACAAGAGUUUCUGAUCUUGUACGUUAUCUAACAAAGAAUUCUUAGAGCAUCAGUUGCAUAGGAAAGAAAUUAAAAUGAUAUCUUUAUAAAGUUUGCAACAUAAAAUAUAUUGACUACGAUUGAGAAUCAUGUCAAUCGAGCAAAAAAAAAAAUUUAUGUUUAAUGUAUGUAAAAUAUGUUGCUAUUAUUAUUAUGAUUAUUAUCAUUAUUAUUAUGUUAAUAUUAUCAAAAAUAUAUGUGUAUAUACAUAUAUGUAUAUGUGUAUGUAUGUAUAUAUAUAUAUAUAUAUAUAUACAUACACACACAUUGCUCCUUUCAUUGCUGUGAUAUUGAAUUCUAUGCAUAUAGAUAAUCAGACAUGUUUAUAGUACAUACAGGAAAAUAUACAGACUGACCACUUAUAAACAACCACAGAGUACACAUCGCCUGGAUUCCUUGAGCAAUUAAAAUUAUUCAUGACGAUGAAAGGUUAUAAAAGAAUUUUAUAUAUAUAUAUAUAUAUAUAUA